AUGAUAAACGCGACACAUGUCCUUUCUUUCGUUUUGUCUUUGAUUCGUUCUUUCUUUCAUUCUUUCUUCCUUCCUUUUGUUCUUUCGUGCUUUCAUUCUUAUUUUCUUACUUUCAUUCUUUCUUUCUUUCUUUCGUUCGUUCUUUCUUGCUUUCUUUUUUUUCUUUCUUUCUUCUUUUUUGUUGUUUUUGUUGGUCUUCUUCUUCUUCUUCUUCUUCUUCUAUUACUUUAUUUUACUUUCCUGACUCUUUGCUUUCAUGCCCCACAUUUUGAAUCAUGCGAUUCUUUCCUUCUUUCUUUUUUCUUUCUUUCGUGGUCUCUCUUUCGGUCUUUCUUUCGUGAUCUCCUCUUCUUUCUUUCUUUCUUUCGAUUUCCCACUUUCUUUCGUGUCCCCUCUCUCUCUCUGCCUUUCUUUCGUGUUCUCUCUUUCUUUCUUCAGUGUUCUCUCUCUCUCUCUUUCUUUCAUAUUCUCACUUCCUUUAUUUUUCUUUCUUUCAUGUUUUCUCUUUCUUUCUUUCUUUCUUAUUCUUUCUUUUUCUUUCUGUUGUGUUCUUUCUUUCUUUCUGUCUUUCUUUCUUUCUUUCUUUAUUGUUAUCUUUGCCUUUCUUUCGUGUUCUCACGUCCUUUCUUUAUUUCUUUCAUGUUCUUUUUUCUGUUUUUUUUCUUUCCUCUUCUCUGUUCCUUUCUUUUAUUUUCGUGCUCUCUCUCUUUCUUUUUCUUUCUUUCAUGUUCUCUCUUUCUUUCAUUCUUUUUCUAUCUUUUUCCUUUUUCGUGUUCUCUCUUUCGUUCUUUCUUCAUUUCUUUUUCCUUCUGUCGUGUUUUCUUUCUUUCUUUCUUUCUUUCUUUCUUUCUUGUUAUCUCUGUCUUUCUUUCGUGUUCUCACGCCCUUUCUUUAUUUCUUUCGUCUACUAUUUUUCCUUUUUCUUUCUUUCGUGUUCUCUCUUUCUUUUUUUCUUUCUUUCGUGUUCUAUCUUUCUUCCUACUUUUAUUCUUUCUUUCUUCUUUCUUUCUUUCUUUCUUUCUUUCUUUCGUGGUUUCUAUGCUUUCUAUUUUUUCGCGGCCGUUAUCUUUCACAUAUUACUUGCAAGUCAUUUUCGUCAGUCCUUACUCUCAUCCCACUCACUAUUUUAAUAGAUAUCACCCCAUCUAUUUCUCUUUACACUUCUUUCCAACUCUCUGUCACUCUUUAUUUUGGUAUCCCUCUUUCUUUCUCAAUGACUUCAUUUCUUCUUGUUUUCUCCUCUCUACGUUACAUUUAAAUAUCUCUCUCUUCCUACAACACCCUCGUUCCAUCGCUCCUCCCUUCCAUUUCUUCUUCUUCUUUUUAAAAUCAUUAUUCUCUUUCUUUCUUUUCUGCUUGUCUUAUUUACACGGUGUGUACCGUUUUUUAUUUCGCAUUCUCGCCUUACGCCACCCACACCAUUUGAUCCUGCCUGCCAUCGCAAUGUGUAACUAUAAUUUCCAAUCUGCUUCUAUCUAUCUAUCUAUCUAUCUAUCUAUCUAUAACAAUGUUCUCUCUCUCUCUAUUUCUCUCUCUCUAUCUUUCUAUCAUUGUCAAGAUUUUUUCUAUCUAUCUAUCUAUCUAUCUAUCUAUCUAUCUAUCUAUCUAGAAUAG